AUGCCACCGCUGGAGCCACCUGUUGCACCAGUCGUGGGCGCUGAAGGCACAGAGCCAGAUGCAUUGGCAACACCAUUGACCAAAGGAGCCGUGGUAGGAGUGACCAAGGGGCCAUUUGGUCCUGUGCUUGCGCUCCGUGGCGCUGGGCUGGGCGCCGACAUUGUUACUGUGAACUCAUGCACUUGGGAUUCGUAA